AUGGGUGACACGGGGACAGUGGAAGUGGAGGCCUGGUGGGCCACUGUGGUGUCCCCUGGUGGAGGUCACUCUGCUCUCUUGCAGGUCUCUGACAUUGUAGACGCCCCCCAAACAGAGGGCCUGAGCUCCCAGGAACCCGGCGGCAUCUUCACCGACCCUGAGGUCGGUGGGAUUGUGGGGCUGGCCUAUCCCUCUCUGGCCUCCCUGUACUCGGUGCCCGUGUUUGACAACAUAGCACACAGGCACCUAGUGGCCCGAGAUCUGUUCUUGGUUUACGUGGACAGUGUCAUGGUUGGUGGCAUCGUGGUGGCCUGUGACAGUGACUGUCAGGCCAUCCGGGACACGAACACCUCCUUGCUGGUUGGGCCCAGCAGCAACAUCCUCAGCAUCCAGAUGGUCAUUGGAGCCACACAGGGUCAGUAUGGCCAGGCCCAGGGCUCCUGCGCCAGUGGCUUCCAGGGUGACAGUUCCCAGCAGUGGAUCCUGGGGGUUGUCUUCAUGCAGGAGCAUUAUAGCGUCUUUGACAGCGCUGACAACCACAUGGGGCUGGGCAAGGCAGUCUGA